CCGCUCAAUCCUCAGCACUCACCAUGAAGCUCCUCGUUGUGGUUGUCGCGCUGUUCGCAGCAGUCCUUGCUGAAGAGAACCUGUUGUUCUACAAGGACUACCAUGAGGACAUCGGUAUUCCUCUAGCUGCUAAGAUCAAGGCUCGUGAGGAAGCUGCCGAUUUUGACGGGUCAAGGAUCACUGGAGGCAAUGCCGCUGCGCUCGGAGCACAUCCUCAUGUGGGCGGUCUGAUCAUCUCGUUGGUGAGCGGCGCCACCUCGGUGUGCGGGUCCUCGCUCAUCUCCAACACGCGCGCCGUCACCGCCGCCCACUGCUGGCGGACCAUCCUGCACCAGGCCCGCCAGUUCGAGGUGGUUCUGGGCUCCCUGACGCUGUUCACGGGCGGCACACGCGUCACCACGACCAGCGUCGAGGUCCACGGCAGCUACCUGUCCGUGCCCUUGAUGAACGACAUCGCCAUCAUCAACCUCAGCUGGGUCACCUACACCAACGCCAUCCAGCCCGUCGCGCUGCCCAUCGGCGAGGCCAACAACAACUUCGUCGGCGCGUGGGCCUGGGCUGCCGGCUUUGGAGCCACCGCUGACAAUGUUGGCAUCAGCAAUAACCAGUUCCUGAGCGAAGUCUCCCUGCAAGUGAUCACCAACGCUGUCUGCCAGCAGACGUACGGUGCUCUCACCGUGACCGCCAGCGUGAUCUGUGUGGCCACCACCAACGGCAGAAGCACUUGUGGAGGAGACUCUGGUGGUCCUCUGUGGGUCUGGAACGGUAACCAGCGCACCUUGAUCGGUAUCACCUCAUUUGGCCACCGUGACGGCUGCCAACGCAACUACCCUGCAGGCUUCGCGCGCGUCACCUCCCACCUCGCCUGGAUCCAGGCCAGGUUGUAAACAUAUGACUACAUCAUCGACAUUAACGACUAAACGACUGCUAUAUAUUAAAGAUCUUUUAAAUAAUAA